AUGGAUUACGUUGCGCUGCCCAAGAUUGAGCUUCACGCCCACCUGACGGGCAGCGUCUCGCGGCGCACGCUGCACGACAUAUGGCGUCGCAAGAAGGACGCCGGCGAGACGGACCUCCAGGACCCCCUGGAGGUGAUGCCCGAGGGCAAGUUCGACUUUAACGUGCAGUCAUUCUUCCCGCUGUUCAGCAGCUACAUCUACAACCUGCUCACCGACGCCGCCUCCGUCACCGAGGCCACCACCGCCGCGCUGCGCGACUUCCGCGCCGACGGCGUCGCCUACCUGGAGCUGCGCACCACCCCGCGCGCCACGCCGCUGCUCUCCGCCGAGGCCUACGUGCGCGUCGUCCUCGCCGCCCUCGCCGCCUUCAACGCCUCGCAAACGGACACGCGCGCGCGGCUGAUCCUGUCAAUCGACCGGCGGCACGACGCGGCCACCGCCGCCUCCGUCGCCGACCUCGCCGUGCGGCUGCGACCCGGGGGCCUGGUGGUGGGCGUGGAUCUCUGCGGGGACCCGACGGCGCGCCCGGGAGGGGAGGUGCGGCUGUUCACGCCGGCGUUUGCGGAGGCGCGCGGGGCCGGGUUGGGGGUCACGGUGCACUUUGCGGAGGGGCGGGCGAGCGGCGCCCGCGAGGAGUUGGAGGUGCUGCUGGGGUGGGAGCCGCGGCGGCUGGGGCAUGUCAUCUGGGAGGACGAGGCGGCGAAGCGGGAGAUUGCGAGAAGAGGGUUGUGCCUGGAGCUGUGCCUGAGCUGCAACGUGCGCGCGGAGAUGGUGACGGGUGGCUACGCCGGGCACCACUUUGGGUACUGGCGGGGGGUGGACGGGCCCAAGAUUUCCCUCGCGACGGAUGACGUGGGCGUGUUUGGAAGCCCGCUGUCCAAGGAGUACGAGCUGGCGGCGGAGCACUUCCACCUGGACAGGCAGGCGGUUUGCUCGCUGGCGCGCGAGGCCAUCGACUCGACCUUUGGCAGCGACGAGGACAAGGAGUGGCUUCGGUCCAUCAUGUGGACGUCAUAG